UGUUUGGCGUCGGAAGGACAAACCUCUUCAGUUUCUAUCCGACCGGAUCAAUGGGAGGCUCUAGCACCAUCUUCCCUCCUGCAGUGCUGCUGGCCUGCGGUGUUUGUUUGUGUGUCAUCGGCUUGCUGGGCUUAGCGGUCGGGACCCUCCACCUGUCGCUCAACGUCAGCCAUGCGACUCUUACCCUCGUGUCGCUCGCGCUUGAAGGAGCUCUCGGAUGGUUCGUCUUUGUUUCGCAGGCCAUCGCCUUUCACGCCUACGAGGCCGACAAGCUUGCAGUCUCCACCUUUGACAAGGGCCUGUGGAUGCUCCAGAUGUUCGGGGGGGCGUCCAUGGGCGUCGCGCUCCUCGGCAGCCAGUUUUACUUCAGUCUGCAGCUCUACCGCAUGCAGUCGCUGGAGGAUGGGGCUGCUGUGUACGACAGCAAGUACCUCAGGAAGCGCAUCGUCUUCUACAGCCUCCUCGUCGUGAUAAAGGCCGGCUGUGAGGUGGCCAUGGGGGUGCUCGUAUACAAGAAUGAUCCCCCCUUGAAUCCCGUGCAGUCGCCGUACAUGAGCUUCAAGUACAGGCUCAUCAUUGCCGACGGCUGUAUUACCCUCCUCGUCGGCCUCUACGGCAUGGUCAUCGGUAUAGCAGGCUUGUCCAAGCAGGGCUUGUACUUCGCGCUUGUCGCCUUCUCUUCCUUGAUCAUCCAGCUGGGGAUGUACGACCUUGCCCAGCUGUCACAGAGUAUUCCUCUCCGUAGCUACCAGCUGGGAGUCCUCGGCGUCAUCCUCGUGCCCUUGACCGUCGGGCUGAUGUGCAUGCCGAUCUUCCUCGUUGCUGCCAUGGACAGAGAGAAAGAAGGAGAGGAGGCGCCUGUACAUCACACGCAGGGGAUCGUAUUCUCACAAUCUCCUUGAUGAAGGAGGCGCAUAGGAUGUUGGCUUCCAAUGUUGUGGAUGAAGAUGAAGACACAAGAGAUGAGACGACCCUUGUGUAGAUAUCAGUCUUGUAAUGUAUCAAGUUAUCUCUCU